AUUAUAAAAACCAACCUGCUGCAAAUCCUGAGACGCAACUGGCAACUCGAGUUGAGCUCACGGGCACCAGCUGGAAGAGAAGCAACAAAAAAAGUAGGCAUCUUAGCCAGCUAACGUGAAGUUAGCAAAUAUGAACACUGUGUAGCGGAACAACUGGACAGAUGAGACUCAUGGAAGGUCGGACUUGUAAAACUAACCCAUACUUUAUACAGUAAUGUCCACGGCUUUCAGAGUGUCCGGCUUCAUGUUGAAAAUUAACUAGUUUUAAUAGAAUCGACCUAGCUUUAACCGGGUAAGAUUAGCCUGGCCACUAUUGUAGGCUAGGCUACGUUAGCUAACGGUAGUCAGCAAGCUGUUAGCGGAACAUUUGCAACUUUGGCAGGAGCGGAUUCAAGAGGAAGGAAGGAAGGAAGGAAAGGCACAAGUAGGAUCAGUGCGCACCACAGUUUGAGCAAAGCGAGCAAACUUUCAGGGCUGCACAGUUCGCGCUGUGACGCAUUUAGAAAAGUUGACCAUCUGUGAAGUCUGUAAGAAAUGUAACACCGUUUGCUGGGAAGAAAUGCGGUUAGUUGGCGUACCGAGCUGUCGACAUCAAGAGUCUCCCUGGCUAGCUGGACGGCUAGUGAUAGCUAGCGCACUGGCUACCAACUUGUAAAGAAGUUGUGUUGUGUAAAUCGGAUGUAGCUAGCUAAGUGGUUUAAGUUAAGUUUUAAGCCAGAGUUUGUGGCAUCAGUUAGCAAAACUUUUCCGUAUAAGAGACUGUUUGACACCAGAGAGUUAGGCGACGGGAGAAAGCCAUGGCAUCGGAUGUGAUUGAGAGUGAAGUGGUGUUGAAGGGUGUAAGUGAUAUGAAUUUGAACAAUGGUAGCCCAGAUCUCGACACACCCAGGAGGACUCAUGAGGAGCUGGGAAACAGACAGACGUCAAGUCCUUCAUCGUCCGGAGUGUCGGGAGAAGGUGAUGAGGAGGAACUAGACGAGUUACAACACAACGCCGCUUACACAGCUGAAAAAGGCGACGAGGCACUUGAGGAGAGUCUAACCAAAACAGGAGGCACAGCACAGGAAAGGACAGCUCCAGACAAUGAACACAAACAGUCAAGGGAAAGAAGCUCAACUCCAGUGAAUCUGCCCCAGCAGUGCUUUACUUCUGGGCCCAAUGGAAGUCUGGAGCGCCAGGAGUCAGUCGCCACAACAGAGGCUCGCUUAAGAAUGGAAGGGGUUGAGCUUAAGGAAGAGUGGCAGGAUGAGGACUUUCCAAGGCCCCUGCCUGAAGAAGAGGAGCUUGAUGACGACCUUUUUGCCGGGACCUCCGGAGAAGGAGAAGCAGGCUAUGCAGUCACCCAUGGCAAGAAAACCAAGAAGAGACUGUCUGCUCCAGAGAUCAGCCUCACUCUGGACCAGAGUGAAGGUUCCCUUCUCUCAGAUGAGCUGGAUGAAAGUACAGAGCUGGAUCUUGAUGACAUAGACACACCCUCAGACAACAGCAAUGAGUUUGAAUGGGAAGAUGAUCUGCCCAAGCCAAAAUCAACAGACCUCCUACGAAAAGGUGUGGAAUCUGUCCAGGAGUACUCUGCCAUGGAGGAGAGGGAGGAGGGCCGCCGCUGGAGGGUGUUUCGCAUCGGAGACCAGGAGCACAGAGUGGACAUGAAGGCCAUUGAACCCUACAAGAGGGUUAUCAGCCAUGGAGGUUACUAUGGAGAUGGGCUGAAUGCCAUCAUUGUGUUUGCUGUGUGUUUUAUGCCUGAGAGCAAUCAACCAAAUUACCGAUACAUCAUGGACAAUCUAUUCAAGUAUGUCAUUGGCACAUUGGAGCUUUUGGUUGCUGAGAACUAUAUGAUUGUGUAUUUGAAUGGAGCGACAUCUAGAAAAAAGAUGCCGACUGUGGGCUGGCUCAGAAAGUGUUAUCAACAAAUAGACAGGAGGUUAAGGAAGAACUUGAAGUCUUUAAUAAUUGUCCAUCCCUCUUGGUUUAUCCGUACCCUCUUGGCACUCACAAAACCCUUCAUAAGCUCCAAAUUUAGCCAGAAAAUCAAGUAUGUGUACAGCUUGACAGACCUGGCAGAAUUGGUUCCAAUGGAGUAUGUGUCUAUACCAGAUUGUAUCAAACAGUUUGACGACGAAAAAAAUAGGAAAACCCGUAAAAGGUUUAGAAUUUAAAAUGGUGCAUGGUCGAAUCGACCAGGACAUGCAUGGCAAAGUGGAGAUAGCAGCUGCUGCCGUUCCGGAGUGACUCUGCAGGCACUUCAAGAUCUGGAGGAAGAGAACGAUCAAGAAUGUGUCAAUCCACAUCCACUCUUAUGUUUAUGUUCUGUGCAAUGUAACUGGAGACUUUGCUCUUUGUGUCAGAAAAGUGCCUUUCUCAAACUCUGCUGCCUGUUACAUUGUGGAACUCUUUGCUGUGUUAGUGUCGGGCUGCUUGAUCUCCAGUUUUUCUCUCAUGCUGCCUGAAGCAUUUUUAUAACCUUUUUUUAUGUACUAUAUUAUGCCAAACGUAGAAGUUGAUGGUUCUCUAGUUACUGUUGUAUCUGCAGUAUGUUUAAGGCACACUGUUACAAAUGGUUGAUGCAUGUUCUGCUUUAUUACAUUUAAAUAUAUAUUUAUAUUCAAAGGUGACAAAGGAGAGAAAUUAAUAUAUUUUUAUGGUUGCUCUGAUUUAAACAGCAUUUUUAGGUCUCUUGACCAAUUGAGUGGCAUUCUUAGAGCAGGUUUCACAUCCCAACCUUUUCACUGUUGAAGUUCACUGCUGAAGUCAUUUGUUACAAUCCUGCCUGGGGAAAAUAAAACUUUAUUUUUGCCCCUCCCUUGAA